UUUUUGUUUUUAUUUUUGAGUUUUAACCCAAACUCACUCCUUCUAUAUAUAUCUGCAAGUUCUUUCCUUUGAUUUCGUUGAGUUCAGAUUUGAAAACAUGGCAACGAAGCUUGAUCCAUUUACUCUCCUUCUUUCUCUCUUCUUUGCAUUCAACCUCGCAAGUGGUGAAUCAUUCAUAGGGGUUAACUAUGGACAGGUGGCUGAUAACCUUCCACCGCCGUCAACCACCGCCAAGCUGCUCCAAUCCACCGCCAUCGGAAAAGUUCGCUUGUACGGUUCCGACCCUGCUAUUAUCAAAGCACUCGCCAACACUGGAAUUGGAAUCGUAAUUGGAGCAGCAAAUGGGGAUAUUCCAUCACUUGCAUCGGAUCCAAACUAUGCCAAAAACUGGGUGAGCUCCAACGUUGUACCUUUCUACCCAGCCAGCAACAUCAUCCUCAUAACCGUUGGUAACGAGAUUAUAACCUCAAACGAUCCAAAUCUCAUGAACCAGAUGCUCCCCGCCAUUCAAAAUGUCCAAAAUGCCCUUAAUGCCGCCAAUUUAGGAGGCAAGAUUAAGGUGUCAACGGUUCAUUCAAUGGCGGUCUUGAAGGACUCGGAGCCACCGUCUGCCGGGAGGUUCCACCCGGAAUACUCCACCGUUUUACAAGGAUUGUUGUCGUUUAACAAUGCGACGGGGUCGCCGUUUGCCAUCAACCCUUACCCUUAUUUUGCUUAUAGAGAUGAUCCUGGGAGGCAAGAUAACUUGGCCUUUUGCCUCUUUCAACCCAAUGCUGGAAGACUUGAUCCCAACACCAAUAUCAAAUACAUGAACAUGUUUGAUGCUCAGGUUGAUGCUGUCCGCUCUGCAUUGAACUCAAUGGGGUUUAAGGAUGUUGAGAUCGUGGUUGCGGAGACAGGUUGGCCAUACAAAGGAGACAGCAGUGAGGUUGGUCCGAGUCUUGAAAACGCCAAGGCUUACAACGGUAACCUCAUCGCGCACCUUAGAUCCAUGGUUGGGACACCAUUGAUGCCAGGGAAAUCGGUUGACACUUACAUCUUCGCAUUGUAUGAUGAGGAUUUGAAGCCAGGACCAACUUCUGAGAGAUCUUUUGGUCUAUUCAACCCUGAUCAAUCCAUGAUCUAUGAUGCUGGUCUCUCCAAACAGCAGACACAACAGAAUAGCACAAGCCCUGUUGUAGCACCGACUACUCCGGAUAUGUCUAAAUCUCCGGCGACUCCACGGCCGCCAACAACACAAAACAAAUCAACAUGGUGUGUGCCGAAAUCCGGUGUAACGGAUGUGCAGCUACAAGCAAACUUGGACUAUGCUUGUGGUCAAGGUAUUGAUUGUACUCCAAUACAACCUGGUGGAGCUUGUUUUGAACCAAAUACACUUUCAAACCAUGCUGCAUUUGCCAUGAAUCUCUUCUAUCAAUCUGCUGGAAGGAGUCCAUUGACUUGUGAUUUCUCGCAGACAGCUGUACUGUCCACGAAUAAUCCAAGUUACAAUAAUUGUGUCUACGUUGGAAGGAAUGCCUAACCUAAAAUCAAGAAAGUAAAUAAAGUAUAUCUUUCCUUUUUUCCCCCCUCUUUUGAAGUGUUCUCUCUUAAUCACUAAGGAAUGGAGAGUGUGCAUGCAUGUAUGGUGGAGGAUCUUCCUCUAUUUCAAGUGUAAUUUUUUUUUUGGAAAAUGUCUCUAUCAAAUACCAAGUAAGCUAGUUCAGUGUUUUGUGGUGUAUGUGGAGUGGCGAAAUCUGAUUUAAUUUAAUUAUUAUUGUUAUUAUUAUAUAUAUGGAGUCAAACUUGGAAUCCGGGGUCCAUGUAUAUAUAUUGUUUAUGUACUAUAAAUAUAAAUGAAAAUUUUCCUCUU